GGCUGUGGCCGCUGCUGCUGUCCCCGCCACGGAUCGCCACGCAGUGGGGCAGUACGGCUCCAGACUGAAGGUCGAUCAGGAGGUGGGUGGGCGCGGGUCUCCCCCGGUGUGUCCGGGUGGCAGCCUCCCGGGGCCCCCCGGGCACCGCCAGGGAUCAUGUCUACAGCCUCUGCCGCCUCCUCUUCCUCCUCGUCUUCGGCCGGUGAGAUGAUCGAAGCCCCCUCCCAGGUCCUCAACUUUGAAGAAAUUGAUUAUAAGGAGAUCGAGGUGGAAGAGGUUGUUGGGAGAGGAGCUUUUGGAGUAGUCUGUAAAGCUAAAUGGAGAGCAAAAGAUGUUGCUAUUAAACAAAUUGAAAGUGAAUCUGAAAGGAAAGCUUUUAUUGUAGAGCUUCGUCAGUUAUCCCGUGUGAACCAUCCUAAUAUUGUAAAGCUAUAUGGAGCCUGCUUGAAUCCAGUAUGUCUCGUGAUGGAAUAUGCUGAAGGGGGCUCUUUAUAUAAUGUGCUGCAUGGUGCUGAACCAUUACCAUAUUACACUGCUGCCCAUGCAAUGAGUUGGUGUUUACAGUGUUCCCAAGGAGUGGCUUAUCUUCACAGCAUGCAACCCAAAGCUCUAAUUCACAGGGACCUGAAACCACCAAACUUGUUGCUAGUUGCAGGGGGUACAGUUUUAAAAAUCUGUGACUUUGGUACAGCCUGCGACAUUCAGACACAUAUGACCAAUAACAAGGGGAGUGCUGCAUGGAUGGCACCUGAAGUUUUUGAAGGUAGUAAUUACAGUGAAAAAUGUGACGUCUUCAGCUGGGGUAUUAUCCUUUGGGAAGUAAUAACUCGUCGGAAACCUUUUGAUGAAAUUGGUGGUCCCGCUUUCCGUAUAAUGUGGGCAGUUCACAACGGUACUAGACCACCACUGAUCAAAAAUUUGCCUAAGCCCAUUGAAAGCCUGAUGACUCGUUGUUGGUCUAAAGAUCCAUCUCAACGUCCUUCUAUGGAGGAGAUUGUGAAAAUAAUGACUCACUUGAUGCGGUACUUUCCAGGAGCAGAUGAGCCUUUACAAUAUCCUUGUCAGUAUUCAGAUGAAGGACAGAGCAACUCGGCCACCAGUACAGGCUCAUUCAUGGAUAUCACGUCGACAAAUACAAGUAAUAAAAGUGAUACUAAUAUGGAGCAAGUUCCUGCCACAAAUGAUACUAUUAAACGUUUAGAAUCAAAAUUAUUGAAAAAUCAGGCAAAACAGCAGAGUGAAUCUGGACGUUUAAGCUUGGGAGCUUCCCGUGGAAGCAGUGUGGAGAGCUUGCCCCCAACCUCUGAAGGCAAGCGGAUGAGUGCUGACAUGUCUGAAAUAGAAGCAAGGAUAGCUGCAUCCACAGCCUUUUCCAAGCCUAAACGGGGCCACCGUAAAACCGCUUCAUUUGGCAACAUUCUGGAUGUCCCUGAGAUCGUCAUAUCAGGCAAUGGACAGCCAAGACGUAGAUCCAUCCAAGACUUGACUGUUACUGGAACAGAACCUGGUCAGGUGAGCAGUAGGUCAUCCAGUCCUAGUGUCAGAAUGAUCACUACCUCAGGACCAACCUCAGAAAAGCCAACUCGAACUCAUCCAUGGACCCCUGAUGAUUCCACAGAUACUAAUGGGUCCGAUAACUCCAUACCAAUGGCUUAUCUUACACUGGAUCACCAACUACAGCCUCUUGCACCAUGCCCAAACUCCAAAGAGUCUAUGGCAGUGUUUGAACAGCAUUGUAAAAUGGCCCAGGAAUAUAUGAAAGUUCAAACAGAAAUUGCUUUGUUAUUACAGAGAAAGCAAGAACUAGUUGCAGAACUGGACCAGGAUGAAAAGGACCAGCAAAAUACAUCUCGUCUGGUACAGGAACAUAAAAAGCUUUUAGAUGAAAACAAAAGCCUUUCUACUUACUACCAGCAGUGCAAAAAACAACUAGAAGUCAUCAGAAGUCAGCAGCAAAAGCGACAAGGCACUUCAUGAUGCUCUGGGACCCUUGUAUUUUAAAAUAUGCAAAAAAAGACUGUUAUUUUUGUUUGUUUUUUAAAGGAAAGAAACGUGCUUAUAAUGACAGUUCAUGAGUGUUAGCUUUUUUGGCGUGUUCUGCCUCUAUUUGCUGCAUUUAUUUCAUCAUUUUUUUUCCCUUAUUCUUAUGGUGGACAUGCAACUCAUCUGUCUCAUUGCAUAACAUGAGGACAUCUGUGACUUGAAUAAGCAGCAGUUCUUAACGUCAAACACAUGCAGUGAACUCUGGCUGUAUAUGCAUGCACAUUGUGUGAAGGCUAGGCUAACAACAACGGGGUGUCAAAUUAGCUGCUAUAUGCAAACAUUGUCUUUUUUUCCUUUCCAUACUAGAGGUGGAACCUCAAGAAUGAUUCUGUUCUUGUAUCUCAUCUCAAAACAUUAAUAAUAUUUUUUUCAAAAAUAUGGUGUAUACCAAGUUAAAGACAGGGUAUUGUAAUACUAGAAUAAUUGGUGAUACAUCACAGAAAUAAAGAAACUUUAGGUAUAGUUAAAAGUGAGGGCCUUGAUGCCAGCAUUCUUGGAUCAGUACUGAACUUAAUUCCACCUGUAGAAUAUUUAAAGGUAAGUGGUGGCUGCUGUAGUUAAAAGCAAUUUUGCCUGGUUUCAUUCACCAAAAAUCAGGUUAUUGAACAAAAUGGAACUAUCCUUUUUGUUAAGGGGGAUAAAAAUAUCUAAUUCUCUCAUUGAUGAAUAUUAAAACUGUAAAGCUUUUAUGUCUCUAAUAUUAAUCUAUUAAAAGGCAGAUGAUCUUACUACAACUUAAAUAAUCAUUCCUUCUGCAAUGAUUAUUGAA